CAACCCGCAGUGACUUCCUGGCUGCAGCGAAAGCCCUGGUGCCGAACUGCGAGGCCGGAGGGUACCUGAAGCUGGUCUCGCAGCUGCAAGGUCUCGCUAGAGGCCACACGGGAAGACCACUAGACCCUAUGGCCUUCGAACUCGUAGAGGCUAUUUCAUUCUGCAGAUACGGAUCCGCAGAGACCCCUCCGCCUUUGGCUGCGAACAUCUUCCUCGGGGGCGGCCCGGCGGAGCUCGACACUCCGCCCACAUGGCCCGGCAUGAGUUACCCGGGCUUGUUCCUUCACGACAACACCUCCUCUCCUGGAAGACAGCCAGCUGUCGGCACACCAGCAGGGGCGGUGCCACCUGUGUCCUUACCUGAUGGCGCAGAGCCACCUGUUGCACCGCCGAGUGGGGCGGUGCCACCUGUGGAUGCUCCGGAGGGUGCGCGCCAACCUGUUGCUUUCCCAGGUGCGGCGCUGCAGCCAGGAGACAUUCCUGCAGGAGGCUUGCCGCUGGAAGGCGAAGGCUCGGCUCUGCCGGACUCCUUAGGGGCAUUCCCACCUCUUGGCACCGCCGAAGGGGCAGGGCCACCUCUAGGCGCUGCAGGGCCAAUGCAGCCAGUGGAUGGCGCCGAGGGAGCAUCGCCGGCCACGGACGCCGGCCCGAGUACAGUGGCCGUGGGAGAGGGCGACGGCGACGGGGCAGAGGGGCCGAUUCCCGUCACGGAGGCCAAUGACCGCAACAGAUUUUUCUGUGGAGGCGCCCUCGUCACGCCCAGACACGUCCUCACCGCCGCCCACUGCGUCGCGACACGAAGACCCGACGUCAUCCGACUGGGCGAGCGGGACUUCACGCGGAGCACCGAGUCACAGGCCUUCGACUACCCAGUCCAGAGAAUCACCCUUCACCCCGACUAUAACUUCCUCAGCAAUUAUUUUGACAUCGCUGUGAUAGAGCUUCGAGACAAGGUCGAGUUCAACUCCGCCGUGCAACCCUAUUGCCUGCCUGCCUCGCCAGAAGCCCUGGACGGCCUCACCUGCACGGUCUCGGGCUGGGGGUCGCGGCCCAACGAAUUCGCCUCGACGCUGCUGGUGAGCCUGGACGUGGAGGUGAAGAGCCUCGCCGAGUGCAACGACCUCUACUCCGCGGCGGAGGAUGUCUUCCGGGUCAAAUACCCGCAGGGGCUGGACGCCACUCUGCUCUGCGCCGGCGGCGGCUCUGGCAGGGAUGUGUGCAGGGGCGACUCUGGCGGGCCGCUGCUGCUGGACGUGGACGGGCUUGAAACAGAGGUGGGCGUGGUGAGCGCCGGGCUCGGCUGCGGCGACCCUCGGUUCCCAGGGAUCUACACUCGCGUCGACGCCUUCCUCGACUGGCUCGACCGCACGGUGUACGGCGUGUGCGCCCGCGCGGAGUUCGCUCUCCGGGCCGCGGCGGGCGGUGCGGGCGGUGCGGGCGGUGCGGGCGGUGCGGGCGGUGCGGGGCUCGGAGCCAGCCCGCCUCGCUGACCGCGGGACGAAAAGGCUUCAAGGGAAG